AUGGAACAAAUAGAUAGUCUCGAGUCAGCCGGAAGUCUUCUCAAUCAUCUUCCUAAUCAGGAUAACUUUGAGCAAUUUUUAGAAAGGAUUAUUAGUGGAAUGAUCGAGAACCAAUCAACCAAAGAGAUCUUCAGCGAGAGGGAAAUGAAGAAACUAGGCCAGCUCUUCUCUGUAUCCCACUCAGAUUUGUACGAUAUCAUUGAGAUAUCUAUUUAUUUCUUUGAAAAAUUAGCUUUCACGAAAGAACCUCUUGACCAAGCAAUGGAGAUGCUCAAAAAGGCUAAGCUAAAAACAACUAUUUGCACUUCAUUCGAAUCUGUUUGGACAAAAUAUGGAGAGACAUACAGGAAUGCAUUAAAAAAAUUAAGAGUGUGAGUUCCAGAUGGAUUAGACUUCAUUAACUGGAAACUAAAUAUUCCAUUAGACAGUUCACACAUCAUCACAGACUCUAAAGCCUUAUUCAAGAAAGGGGAGAGUACACCAGAGAUUAGAUUUAGGAAGGACACCAAAGCUCCAUUUGUCGAGAUGUCUUUCUCAACCUCAUCCAGCCAAAUUGAGAGUGUACACAAUAAAAAUGAAAAUUCUGAUGCAAAAGUUCAUAAAGUUCUUUUCAAUAAAGAGAAUCUUCAGAAAUUCUUUGAAGAACUUGAAAAGAAUUGAUAUGUGAGUGAAAGUUAG